AUGGAUGACUGGCUUCAAUGCGUCUGUGUUAUUUUCUAUCGAUUUUGGAUAAGUAUUGUUAGAUUGAUUAACAAUAAUUGCAAACGAGGUUUUAUUUCCGGGAUUUACUGGGUAGGUAUUACCAUUCUGAACGACUACACCAGUAUAGAUAUCAUUUUUCCCAGGAUGCUCAGGAUAUUUGUUACCAAUUUGCGUAAUACUAGCUCCGUAUUGAGCAUUUUUAUUCUUCCCGCGAUAAUCAUUAUUCUCCUGUACCACAAUAGGUCCAUACACAUUCGUCCCAUUAGGAUUGUCAGAAAAAGUAUUGCCAAUUUGCACGUCUUGAGAUCCAUACACGACGUUUUUUCCAUCACUUUCGGGAUAAAUGUUGUUUCUCUGAUAAGUUCGGGAACCAUAAGAAAUUACAGGUUCAGUCUUGUUCGAGUCGGGCAUAAAAUCACUCAAGUUCAAGUCUCGUCGCAGCCUACGACCGUUUUAAACAAAAAAGGACUAAAAUUUCGGAAAACAAACAAUAUAAAGUACUUACUCGGAAUAACAUUACUAACAACGAGUAACGUUGCUACAGUGAUGGACAACAUGCCAGCUACAGUAUGCUUUCGAUACUACGGUCCCUCUGUGCCAGUGCCGCUUUUUAUAGAGGAAACUCGCACGUCAUGCGCAUGCGAAAAUACUCCACAGACUGUUUCAUAG